CAGACGUCGUUUCUCUCCCCGCAGAGAUGGCUGGUGGUUGCCUGAGCUGCUUCUUUACAUACAUUUCUGUGCUACUUGUUGGGGUCUGCCUCCAUGAUGUGGAGGCUUCCAGUUGUCAACAUGCCAUCAUCCAUAAAAAAGUUGGUGACACUGUGGAGUUUUCAGCAUGUUUACCAGCUGAAGGGGUCGCCACGGCAAGUUGGAGCUAUAAAGGGUCAAAAAUUGUAGACAGAGAUGGGGUUUUGUCUGGAGAUCGCCAGUUUCAGGGCAGAUUAGACCUGAACCCUACAAACUUAAGUUUAACAGUGAGACGACUGACUCUCCAAGAUUCUGGUGAUUUCACUUUUAAUUCAGAGGAUGAGAAUGACAAACAGAGAGACGCAGUCACCAUCACUCUGCAUGUUCAUGAGCCCAUCACUAAAGAGCCGUUCAUCAACUCCUCUUCCACCUGGAACCCUUUGAAUGAAUCCUGUACAGCUUUGCUGGACUGCAGCGCGACUUCUGACAACAAUGUCACCUACGCCUGGACCGUGAAGAACCAGAAAAUAAAUGGCUCCAGGCUGCAGUACACCAUUUACCCUGAGGACACCGAAUUCACCUGCACUGUUUCCAAUGUUGUCAGUAAGAAGUCGGCAUCUGUCACAGUGAAAUGCAGCAACGUUACAUCUGAUAAACAAAACAAAGAACUUAUCUUCAUUCUGAGUGCGGCCGGAGGUGCUUCACUGUUGAUCGUCGUGGUAGUUGGUGUAUCGGUGUGGUUCUGCUGCCGCAAAGAAAGUCCAGACGGUAUCGACCCGAAUGAACUCACCGUGUACGCUGAUAUCUCUGAGGUUGGACUUGAUGGGACUUCAGCGACCAUGAAGCCCUGCACGCUGUAUGAAACCAUCGAUAACAGAGGCAACGCUAUCCCACCCGGGCCCCAGACCGUGUACGACCAGAUCCAGUUUAAUCGUUUGAGGAAGGAGUCGGUGUCGCCCUACCAAGAAAUUUCCUAGAGGGUCACAGCAUGAUGCAUAGCUUGAAAUUUCUCUAAGUAAAGCACAAAAUUAUACUGAAAUACUUUACUCUAUGUUUAAAUAUUUAAAGCUAAUGUGGUAAAGGAAACAUGCAACACUUGGCUUUAAAAACAGUACAAAGAAGGCAGCUUCAUACUUUCUUUUUACAUUUUCUAUCUUACUAUUGUACCUGUACUUUACUAUUUUGAAAACAAACCAUUAUCUUUUAAGCUACAAGUGUUGUAAAUUCUGUAAAUAGAGAGAUUAUAUUUUUAUUUGUGCUGUAUAAUAAAAGUCUUUAGUGCAUGUCCCUCCAAGGGCUGCAUAGAAGGUUUUCUCCUGUGCAAAAGUGGUCUUAAUAAAUUUGAUUUCAUGUA